CUAACCCUCCCUUAACCUCUAUAUUUCUCUACCCUUCCUCCCCACAACCCCCCAGAUUUCUGAGGAUUUUUUGGGAUUUUUUCAUCUGAUUCCACCCACACCUUCUUCUAUACUUGAGCGAUUGAUUUCAAUCUCAAUCGAUCGCUCUCUCUCUCUCUCUCUCUCUCUCUCUCUAUUUCUUGGGAUCUAAUCGGACACAAUAUGGCGGAGGAACAAAAAUGGCAGGAAGCAACCAAUCACGUCCUCUGUGCGAAUAACUGUGGAUUCUUCGGGAGUCCCACAACGCUUAAUCUCUGCUCCAAGUGCUACAAAGAUCAUUGCCUUAAGGAAAGACAGAUGUCGACGGCCAAGAUCGCCGUCGAGAAGAGCCUCACGCACCCACAACUCGAAUCGGAAACAGCCGUAACGGAAUCGGAAUCUUCUUCCUCCUCCUUCGCCUCCGCCUCCGCCUCCGCCUCCGCUGCAGUUUCUGUAUCUGUUUCGGUCUUUCCGGAUCAGUCGGUACCCAAACCGGCAGAUGCCGAACCGGCUAUGGCGUCGGUCGUCGGAAAACCGCAGCAGCGGAACCGGUGCGGAUCAUGCAGGAAGCGCGUGGGGCUCACGGGAUUCACAUGUAGAUGCGGGACGACGUUCUGCGGGACCCACAGGUACCCGGAGAAACACGAUUGCACGUUCGAUUUCAAGACGGUGGGGAAGGAAGCGAUAGCGAAGGCGAAUCCGGUGGUGAAGGCGGCGAAACUGGAGAAGAUUUGAGACGAUCACCGGCGUUGGUUGAUGAUGUUGAUCGAACGGUCGAUGAUUUGGGUCAAAAUUGGGGGAGCUGGGUGUUGAUUGGUGUUUGGGUCGGGUCAAGCUGAUGGUUCGGAGCUCUUUUUUUUAAUUUUUAUUUCGAUGCAUGUGAAAACUUUGAA